CUGAUGCUGAAGUCCAGGCCACUUUUUCGUGAGGCAGGAAUAAACAUUUACGACAUCGUUCAGGACGACACAUCGUUUUGACAACAGAGAAUAUCUACAAAAACCAUGUCUAUUAACAAAGUUGAAUGCAAUGGUGGUCGGAUAACACUGCAUGGAGAUUUCGUUGUACAACAUCAAGAAGAUGUAAAGUUUGAGCUACAAGGGGACAGACUACCAAACUAUUUGAGGGGAUCCAUGAAAGGAGAUUUUUUCCUUACAGCAUCGAAGCUUAUAUUUGUCAAUAAACAUUCAACAGGAAAAUACAUUUCAUUUUCAAUGGAGUUCAGAUCUCUCAAAAACAUUGAGGUCAAACAGCCAAUAUUUGGUGCAAAUUAUUUGUCAGGUUUUGUGAUGGCUGAACAGGGAGGUGGAUGGGAAGGAAAUGCAAAUUUCAAAAUAGAAUUCAGUAGUGGAGGUGCCAUUGAUUUUGCUGAGCAGUUAAAGCAAACUGCUGGCCAAGCAAGGAGUGGUAGACAGCCAGUUCCACAAAUGCAAACUGCAGGGUACUACCCACCACCCCCACUCGGGGGCUAUUACUAUGCCCCAUACCAAUCUGCAUAUCCUGCUCAGCCUCCUCCACAAGGUGCACAACCUUAUUUUGCAUCCCCACAACAGGCUCAAGGUGCCCCACCUCCUUACCCCGGCCCUGGUGGGGUAGCAGCACCUGCACCACCCCAGCACAUUGGCCAAAACGAAAAAGAAAGAGAGGCUUACAGCAAUGGGCCUAAUGUGUAUGUUCCACAAUAUGAAAAUCCACCACCAUACGCUCCGGGUUACACUGACAGUAAGAAGAACCAGUAGUGCUGUUACUGCUGUUACAUCGAGUUUUGCUUGAGUAUAAUGAUAAUAAUGUUUCUUGGAAUGCUUGCCUAUAGUUUUUGGCAUUCUCCAUGGGAGAAAGUUAAGGCUUUAGUAUAUCUUUAUUAGACUAGUUGUGUGAUUAUUGUGUAUAAUUUUGUUAUUAGAAAUUAUUGUAAAAAACAGCCUGGGGUUUAUAUUUUUCUGUUAUCCAACAUUCCAUGGGAAAGCAUAUAAAAUAUCAAGUCUUUCUAUAUAGCUAAUUGCUAUGGAAAGGUUGAUAGAGACAUGCUAAUUUAUUGGAGAAAUGUGUUGGAGAUUUCUCAAAAAGCAGCAUUUAAAAGUCGAAAUUGGAAACUAUUAGAGGCAAGAGCAAAAGGGAAUGUUCUGUGAAUAGCAGAAGAAUAUGCACCCUAAACCAGGCUGGCGGUCACAAAACGUUUUUGGCAAUAUAUGUUUUAGUUUUAGAGAUUGAGUAUUGAAUCUUAGAUUUCUUAAUUUAACCACAAGUAUUUUAAUCCAUGCAAUUACAAGCACUUUACCCGGGUUUUCUUUAUGGUCAUUACAGAGGUAGAGUUUCGGGUUUGUUAUUUAUAACUCCUUAAUUUUGUAAUUUUUGUGGGUAUCGAUGCGGAUGGCCUAAGCAGAGAAAUCGCCAUGUUUACAGCUAGCAUAAUCAUGGUAAGCAGAAUCCUCCAAUCGUGGACGUACAGGGACUAAAAAGGGGACUGGGACCUCCUUGAUUGAAGGUUUCAUAGAAUCUUGCUCACAAUCCUGUCAUUUCCAAGUCCAAGUCAUUUGUGACGAUGGAAUUGGUUGUCUGUCUUGUGCCAAGUUGUAAAUCGUGUAGCAAAAUAAUUUUUGGCUGUUCUCAAUUUACGUAAGCAUAUAAAAAAUCUUGAUUGCCUGAAAUUUACAAUCGAUAGAAAGCUUAAAUAGAAUAUUCUAUGAGCGACUUUAUUCCAAGCAUAGUCACUUUGUUCCAAGCGACUGUACGUUAUCCCGUGAUUUUUCAGAAUUAUUUUAAAUAUGUGGAUUAAUUGCUAUUUCCUCUGCUUGAGUUUAUAUGCGCUUUGAGUAAAAAUAUUUUAAUCAUUGUCAUUAGCGAUGUGGUGGGGAGUGUACAAUAGACUCAAGAAAGUCCAUUUGUGUUUAUCGGGGGUCUUUAGCUCAGGUUAAGACGAAAUGUGUCAGCAAUUUUCAGCAAUGCACCAGUUUGUAUACUGUUUUAGCCCAAUGGAAUUAUGUAUCAUAAUACGCUCCCUCCCCUCACUGCACCCUAUCGCCGCUAACCGCUAAUUCGAGACAUUUUCGAAGUAUAGAAUUGUAGGCUUGAAAUUUAAUUUUCUUGUUUUACAUUUCAUUGGAUUAAAUAUAUUCGAUACUA